AAUCUCAACUACAGAGAGAUAAAACCUCACUCCAGCUACCAUUCUUCCCUCCAUUUCCCAUCUUGAAGAACAAAACUAUGCUAACAGAGUCAUUUUCCUUAAAAAUUUCUUCAAACCAUUUAACCUGCGAAAUGGCCACAAAAAUCUCGAAUGCUGCUAUGUUUGGCCUUAGCCCUGAAAACAUGUCCUCUCAUGAACAUUUACCUUUGGAAUUAGAUUCUUCAUUCCUUAAUACUAGCACCAUAAUAGCACUUUGUGUCUUCUUUGCUCUCCUUUGUGCUUGUAUCAUUAUUGGUCACCUUCUUGAAGAGCACCGCUGGGCUAAUGAGUCCAUCACUGCACUUCUUUUGGGGUUGUGUGCUGGUGGUGUGGUUUUGUUGGUUAGGAAAGGGGCGAGUUCGCAUUUAUUGAAGUUUAGCGAGGAUUUGUUCUUCCUUUAUUUGCUUCCUCCAAUCAUUUUCAAUGCAGGAUUCCAGGUUAAGAAAAAGCGGUUUUUCAAGAAUUUUUCAACAAUCUUGUUGUUUGGAAUAUUUGGCACAGUAAUUUCGUUCUGCAUCAUAUCACUAGGUGUUUUUUGGAUUUUUAGGAAAAUUGGUGUGGAAUCCCUGAGUCUCAAAGAUCACCUAGCUAUCGGUGCCAUAAUGUCAGCAACUGACUCAGUUUGCACAUUGCAGGUUCUCAGUCAAGAUGAGACACCCUUUCUUUACAGUAUAGUGUUUGGGGAGGGUGUAGUGAAUGAUGCUACCUCUAUUGUGCUUUUCAAUUCAGUUCAAACGCUGGAUUUCCACAACAUUGAUGGCUUAACAGUCUUAAAAUUGAUAGGGACCUUCCUUUACCUCCUCUUCACAAGUACUGCUCUUGGUAUAGCAGUGGGUCUUUUAAGUGCUUUUAUCAUAAAAACACUUUACUUUGGAAGGCAUUCUACUGAUCGUGAAUUUGCACUUAUGAUUCUUAUGGCUUAUUUGUCAUACCUUCUAGCUGAGCUUCUAAAUCUGAGUGGGAUUCUGACAGUUUUCUUCUGUGGCAUUGUAAUGUCGCACUACACAUGGCACAAUGUUACAGAAAGCUCACGGAUAACAACCAAGCAUGCAUUUGCAACAAUGUCAUUCAUUGCAGAAACUUUCAUAUUUCUAUAUGUGGGUAUGGAUGCCUUAGACAUUGACAAAUGGAGAGAAAGCAAGGCAAGUGCAGGAACUUCAGCUGCCGUCAGCUCAACAUUGUUUGCAUUAGUGUUAGUUGGAAGGGCAGCAUUUGUUUUUCCCAUAGCAAAUAUCUUAAAUUGUGUUCAGAAAAGCGAGAGCUCGAAAAUUCAUUUCAAACAACAGUUUAUUAUGUGGUGGGCAGGGUUAAUGAGAGGUGCAGUUACAAUUGCUUUAUCUUAUAACCAAUUUGCAAGUUAUAUGAGGAAGUCCCCAGAAUCUGCACUAAUGAUUACCAGUACCAUAAUCGUUGUUCUUUUCAGCACAAUUGUCUGCGGUUCGGUAACGAAACCUCUAAUUGAAGCAGUGCUGUUAAGACAUAGAAAACCAAUGGUUUCAGAUUUCACUGAUAACGUAAGCCUGGAAGACUUGAGGGUACUGUUACUUGAAAGUGGUGAUCCAAGUAACAGCAACAACAAUCAACCAGCUCGAAGGGCAAGUAGCUUAAGGUUGCUAAUAAGACACCCCACCACAACUGUUCACUACUUUUGGAGAAAGUUUGAUGACAGAUUCAUGAGACCAAUGUUCGGCGGGCGGGGAUUUGUUCCAUUUGUACCUAGUACACCCACAGGUGCAGCUGAUGAGAGUUCUUCUGCGUGAAGGUUUAGCGCACAAUUUUUCAUCUUUUUAUUAUUCUGUCAUAUAUUGAAGUGAUAGAAAGCAGCAGCAAAUUUCAUUUUCCUUCUUUCUUAGAGUUAGGCUGUGUAAUUAUUCAAAUGAUCACACAAGCUUGUAUUCUUUAUGUUCUCUGUUACAAAAAUUUUAGAAGAAAAUGCUCUUCCCUUGAGUAAUAUAGCAUCAAAUUCGAAAA